CAUUGUUGUAGUUCCAGGCCUGCUCGUCUUCUGCAGUCUCCGUGUCCUCCAUUUUUGCGCUCCGGCUCCAGAGCGGCAGAUCCAGCGACAGCGAGGGGCCUAAAACAAAAAGCACUGCGCAUCUCUGCGCUCAUCGCCAGCCUCGAGAGACGCAGUUCCUCGCCUGCAUUAUUUCUGUCUCAGCCAACCCCAGACUGUCCCGCUGCUCCGCAGACAUGGCAGCGCACAUUGACGAGCGUGGGGGCACGACGCAUGCUCAAGCUUCGACAUUUGAUGAUCUGGAUGUCGCAGGCAAUGGGGCUCACUCAGACUCGCAUGUCCUACACUCACCAGCCGACCGUCUGAACAACCGUUCGUCUUCCCACCACACCAAGACGCCUUACUCGACCGCUUCUUCGACGGCACAGUCGUUGACCUCUACCACCACAACCGACGGCACCCUGGAUCUUUCUCCGGCAGACGAAGCAGUGCGCAAAGGCGUGCUGCGCCAGUCGUAUUUCCCCGCGUGGAAAAACGACUCUGGGGGCGUCGAGGAGACCCCGGAAGACAUGCAAAAGAAGGAUCCGCUGGCAACACAAGUAUGGAAGCUGUAUAGCAAGGCAAAGUCGCAGUUGCCAAACGCGGAGCGUAUGCAGAAUCUGACCUGGAGGAUGAUGUCGAUGAACUUACGCAAACUAGAGCUUGAGCGCGAGAGCCAAAAUCGGUGGGUUCCUGCAAAACCUGCGGGAUUCAAACCCGGCUUUGAAGGAGACAUGGAAUCUUGUUUGCUAACCACAGGACACCGCAGAGCGAAGUCACAGCCAAGGGCAGCUGUUUCCACUGCUCCGAGCGGCAUUGCGCAACUGCGUAAAGCAUCGGACAACCAGGAGAACAACGACAACAACACUCUCGCACCUCCAGCGCCGAGUAUAGCUGGUGCGCACGACGCGAUGAAUUUGGACGAUUUCAUUCUGCCCACGUCGAUUGGCACUCCAGCUGGGCUUUCGCCUUCGCCGUCAGGUGAGAAAAUGGCCAGUUCCGCCGUUGGUGGCGGUGUGGGCAUUCCAAUUCGAAAACACAGCAAUGUAAACGACCAAGAACUUCACAUUUCAAGAGCCUCAAUGCCCGUGAGCCAACAUAUUUCGGGUCGCGAAAACGAAUUUGGGUACGUGCAGAGGCACGUACGCAAAACCAGCAUAGACGAACGAAGGCCACCUAAAAGACGAGCCGAUGCCUCUCCUCAAGUUCAGCCCGUAAAUGGCAUUAUGAUGCCAAAUGGUUCCGCUCAAAACACGGAAAUUAAUUCUUACAACCUCGAGCACGCUCCGUCCUCGUUCCAAUCGGGCUCAGGGCACCAAGCUCAGGUCCCUUUCAGCCUGGACACUUUUAACAUAGAUAACGACCCGAUAAUAAGCUCUGCUGGUCCCUUCCAGCAGGGCUUCUCCUUCUCGCCUGCAACAUCACCUCACGUCAAUUAUGGGAAUCAGUCAAGCAUGUUCAACCAAGGAUCAAUGGCGUCGUCACUGAACUCGGCGGAUUACUACAGCCCUCCAGGCUCUACAUUCCACUCCGCCGUCUCUACCCCUCAGCCGCUGGCAGAUGGUGAACAUGUCUACUUCGACCGCAAUAGCUCAAGGUCAGUGCAUCCAUUUGGGCAGCCAUCUCAGCUGUCCACGUCCAUGCAGACGCAGUAUAUCUUCAAUCCGAACAGCGACCAGCUUUUCAGCGCUGUGACGUCUUCGAGCUCGAUGUCUCAGUUUGCCCCCUCUAGCUUCGAUGGCUCUGGCCAUGUGAAUCCUUCUCAGGUACUGCACCAUGAUUUCACUUCCGGUCAGAUCCAAGGAUCCGGUUCGCAACGAGGCGACGGAAUCUUUCAAUUUGGUGGCGACUCCGACGAGAAUGACGAUGACGAUGGAGGUGCUUUCGCUGAGCGAAUUCCUUCGGUGCCGGAGUAUACUGGCAUAGAAGAGUCCGGUCUUGACUUUAGCAACGGCUUCCAGUGGGAAACGAACCUUUCUAACCGCUUUGAUCCGAACUCUGCACGUUACCCAGCCGGCCCGCCUCGAAAAACGGUCACAAUCGGGCCAACGGAGAUGAUGGGUUCAAACCAGGAGUGGGGUUUGAGCAGCAGCCUUGGUCGUACGCAUGGUUCAGCAGCCUCCGUCAGCGAGCUGCGCAACCGUAGCAAUGAUCCUAGAAGGCAGAAAAUCCCCAGAACUGUCUCUUCCCCGAACACCUCUGGCCUCUUACAGGGACAAGGUUUCCUCCCUCAGUCUUCGCCGAAUUCUCCGCCAGAAUCCGGCUUCAACUCGGCAGCGCCAUCACGACCUGUGAGCCCCGGUGGUACCAAAGACGGCGGUCAGCCAACGACGUGUACCAACUGUUUCACCCAGACGACUCCGCUCUGGCGACGCAAUCCAGAGGGUCACCCGCUAUGCAAUGCAUGUGGUCUUUUCCUCAAGCUGCACGGCGUCGUACGACCUCUUUCGCUGAAAACUGACGUCAUCAAAAAGCGAAACCGAGGCAGUGGAAAUGCCGUUUCGACAGUUGGAUCAACACGAUCAUCGAAGAAGUCGUCACGAAAGAACUCGAUUGCUCAGACUUCUCCUGCUGCAACCACUCCUGGGUCAGUGAAAGGUCCGAACGAGUCCGAGUCGCCCAAGUCUACAGCCGGCUCCGUGAACAGCACAGGGACGGGAUCGGCCAGCGGGGGUCUGGCAAGCUCCGCUGCUGGUAAAGGUGGAGUGGUACCAAUAGCUCCGGGACCACCGAAACCCCCAAUAGCCACCAAUUCGCAAACGCCAAGAAACGUUGCUGUUGCCCCAAAGAGGACGAGAGGUGCCAGUAAGAGUAGUAACUCGCAGGAGGUUGACAUGGGAGAUGCGGACGACGCAACCGGCAACUCGCCGCAGAGAGUCCCUCCGUCACGAUCAGGAACACUUGGCACCACUGGGUCGACCAUAUUCCCCGGCGCUUUGGGCCAGGGUAUCUCUCAGUCGGGACCUCAAGAGUGGGAAUGGUUGACGAUGAGUCUGUGAUAAAUUGUGGACACCGGAGUUGACAGCUCCGCGAGUCCGUUCGUUACAUGCUUUCGACUUUGGCGUUCCCAAGUAUGAAAUCCGCGGGCGCUCUAUCUUUCCUAACCGCAAACGACGAUCUCACGCAUUUUAUGAUUUUGGUGUCGGCCUCAAACAAAUUAUACAACAUAAGUUGCUUCACGCUUAGCAACGCGGAGAUACCCAAUACACAUCUAGAUACCCUUUUCAACUUUGCAGGACUUCGUACCGGUCGUGGCCAAUCUUUCUCUGCAUCUGCUUUGCUCAUCAUGUGCGGCCUGGUGCUUUUGGGCAGCUCCAGUCCCGACACGCAAACCAGUACACAUGCAGAGAACGUUGACGCAGUGGAGGCAGAGCGCGCUGCGUGGCUAAUGGCAGGAGACGAAUCCGAACGAGCGAAUGGGCGACGGAUGGAGGAGGCAGGCGCUCCAUCUAUGCCUGAUGGCACACACACACACACACACACACACUCUCUCUCUCUCUCUCUCUCUCUCUCUCUCUCUCUCUCUCUCUCUCUCUCU